UUGCCUUAAGAUGAGUUAUCAACCCUUUUAUACAGUGAAUUUUGAUGGUAAAACACCAUUGGCGACCAGAUGAGUGAUUGGUGGAUUUAACUAUUUUUUUACGUAACCUCAGAUCACAAACUUGAAAACGAAAAAGUGAACUAUAUUCGGAAACUUUCAUUCUUCUUAUCUGUCAACAUUCAAAGAUGAUACGCUAAUUAAUAGAUUUAUAAAAAGAGUUAUGCUAUUCACCUAUUUGCCUCCUAACCUACGUCUACGCAGGAAUCAGCCUCCUCGGCUGAUUGGCAGGCAGAUGAUGAGUGGUACAGUAGGUGUGGUUAACAUUUCUAAAACGUAACUUUUGAUCAACAAUUCAUAAGCGAAGAAGUGAAGCAGAGAACUAAAUAAUUUAACUUUGAUUCUCUUUAUAUGUCAACAUCAAAAAACAGUAUUCUAUAAAGAGUUGUGCCAUUGUCCUAUUGGGGACUAGGUAAGGCGAGGUGAGCGAUUGCUUCGGAGUAUACGCCCUGCGGCCAAUAUUGGAACUAAAAUAAACGGUGGUGGACAACGAUGCGAGAAUUCAACAACAUCCUCCUGCGGUGGAUCAUAACUGGUCAUCUUUCAAGAGUUCCAGUAGCGGCAGCAAUCUUGGCCGUGACAUUCACUGGACAGUGGCUAACAGCCGAAAUCGCAGAGAUACUCCAGUAAAAAUGGAUGGAGGUGGCAGCAGCCACCAAACCUGGAAUGACGAAGAAGAGGUCACUCUCUACUGUUCCAAUUUCCUGGUCAAUUCGACCGUGGCGCUCGAAUGUGGACAAUAUCUAGUCGGCAAUUUCAUUAUGAAGGCUAUCCAGAUCUGCGUUGAAGAUGUCAGCCGCAAUGAGGACCCCGCCUGGGCUCAAGAGUCCUUGGGUCUCCUGGAAGAUCAGUGUGAAGUAGAAGCCACAUAUCGAAGAGCUUCUGAUUGGCCACGAAAUAUUCUCGGGCGCCCUGUUAUUCCGCCAAUCAUAAUCGAAGCUCUUAAUUGCCCCAAUCGCUGUUCCCACCAGGGCGUCUGUUUACCUUACGGAUGCGUUUGUCAGCCUGGAUUUUACAGAAGUGAUUGCAGUCUAAUGGAUGUUGGCGAUGGGGAUGGAUUGUGUGAUCUUCGCGCAAGCGACUGCCGGAAAAUCAAAAUCGUUGGUUGUGGAUUCAUUGAUUCAUCCCGUUUGAAUUGCCAGAUACAUCCAGGCCGCUAUGACGGGUCCAGUUGGCAACGUGGCAGCUAUAACAACCGCAGCAUUCCAUCAUCGGCUCAGUUUAUUGGUCAAAAACGAAUUAUUUGCCACUUGCUGGUGACGGGCUCAAAUCGUCGCCACGUGCUGGACGAUGUCAGCGAAGAGUUGCACUUGGAAAUCCGCGUCACCAACGACGGCAUCCGUUAUAGUGUACCAACAAGUCGACUUACUAUCUACCACUCUGGAUGUCGAUCGUGCCCAGCCAAAAAAGACAGCUGGCCAUUAUGUGGUGAUCGGGAAGACGUAUGUUAUCUGGACAACUCUUGCUACCCAGACGGGGAGGUCAAUCCGCAUAAUCCGUGCCAGAGCUGUAGUUUGGAUCAUCCCCAAUCCUGGAGCAUUAAUCCCAACAACUUACCCCCUGUCGUCUCUAAUCGGCUGAAAACGACAGCCUACGAUGGCCACGUGUUAGAGUACUUCAUCCAUGCUGUAGAUCAAGAUCCGCUGCAUUUUGGAUUGGUCGAUCCGCUUUCCGACGCCCAAGUGACGCCGGAAGGAAUUUUCCGCUGGAAGGCCGUCUCAAAUGCGCUGUCUCCAUUCAAUCACGAGACUUUUGCACUCACCGUUUCCGACCAAUGUAAUCAUCCUGUUCAUUUCCAUCUACACGUCGAUGUACUACCCUGUCCGUGCCUAAACGGAGGUACGUGCCGUAAUCCGCCAGACGAUUUCAUCACGUCCAAUCAGAUCGAUCCGACGUACCGCUGCCAUUGCAGAGAGGGGUUCACAGGCCCAGAUUGUGGCAUUCGGAUCGAUUUCUGCGACCCUAACCCCUGCCGUGAUGGAUUAUGCUUGAACGAAGUCGAUGGCUAUGUCUGCGACUGUUUCCCAGGCUUUAAAGGCAUCCAUUGCGAUCAAAAGGAUGAAUCCUUAAUCGAGAAUGCUCUCUCUCCAAUCAUGAUAACUAAGCACAACGAUACUUUUUCCAAACAAGACGGUUGUACGGUUCCUUGUCAAAAUGGAGGGACUUGUAUGAGGCGGAAUCGUUGCCAAUGUCCCGAAGGUUUUGUAGGUAGACAAUGCCAGUGGACUGCGCCAACGUGUCAUCCAAGCUGCCUUAAUGGCGGACACUGCAGCCGCCGGAAAGUUUGCGCAUAAAAAGGCUGGACUGGUUCUCGUUGUGAAACUGCGAUUUGUGGGCAGCCUUGUUUGAAUGGAGGUGUUUGCUCAGCUCCUGGCAAAUGCACAUGUCCAGAUGAAUAUCAUGGAUCCAGAUGUCAAAAAGCUAUAUGCAAACCAAAAUGUCGAAGAGGUGGUAAAUGCAUUGGACCGGGAAUAUGUCUCUGUCGGGCAGGUUUCGGUGGAUCAAACUGCGAACUGCGUCUGUCAUCAGCUGGGAAAAGAAAUUGGAAGAAAGCAAACUCUGUCGGUAAAGCCAAGACCAUUUUCCUGGAAACUUGAAAGAAUGAAAAACAUAAUUAUUGUAUCUUAACAAUUCACUCGAUCUUACUUCGUAAUCGGCUCGUAAAUUUUCUUCUUUGAACCCAACCAAUACCGAGUCGUUAACGUAUUUAACUUGCCGUCACGUCAAUUUUACACAAUGGUUAUUGUGUGUGUAGCUGGGACUUGGCCGAAUGUUGUAGCCCACUUUGCUCACUGCCAUCUGUACAGUAAUUUUUUUUAUCUUUUUUUGUAUUAUUUUUUUUUUUUGCAUUACGAAAUGGAGGAUCAAACAUUGUCGCGACUUACAUCACAAUACAAUAACUAUUUUAUUUCUAGAUUUAGCCUUCGCAGUACGAAUAAUAAGAAUAGUUUGAUUUUACUUGAGAGCCCUCAAUUGCCGUUUUUAUUUUUCUGGGUGCCUGUUCAUCGCUGAAAAUGUUUCAUUCCUAGUCGAUUGCAGACGAAUGGGGUCGCAAGGAAAGAGUCGUGGGGAUGACACAUGGCUUCACUUUCGUGUUAUUUUCAUAAAACUUAGGUUUGAAAAAUAUGAAUAAUAUAAUAAUAUGCUUGAUCUAAUGUCAGACUGUGUGAGGCUGAAAGGCAGUCUUACAAAAAUGGAUUUGAGAUUAUCAAUGAGAAAAAUGUGUUAUUAUGCUAUGUAGCAUGAAUAGGGACUUGGUUACUUUACACAAAACUGGAAGGGCCAUUGCAUUACUUCCUCAUCCAUCUUGGCAAUUGGUUUGGUAAAGCGAUCAAUGCCAGGGAAUUUUAGCAAUUAACCUGCAUUUUCAAGAUGUCUUGAAUUCCUCCCACAUAAUUGGUUAAACGAGUGAAAAUGGCCACUUUCUCACUCUGAAGUUUUCCGUCACUGGUUUUCAGAAGGAAGAUAGUGAUUCCAAUCUGAGUGUUGUUGCUUAUUAUUGGACCACCCUCAUCCCCCUGAAAUGAAUCAAACAGCACACAGAUAACAUUCUGAAGGAAAGUACAAUUAAACCUUACCUUUCAAACACUCCAGCCUUCAGUUCUUUCAGCACAGAGGUGAUAUACGAGACGCGGCACCCAAUUUCAAUCGAAAGUCGUUAUGCAAUUUCCGAAACUUCUCCUUCAAAUAAGCCAUCUGUAUCGCAACCAUAUUCCAUAUCCUCUCUUCCCUGUUGCGUGGCCAAAUGCGUAAUAUUUUAGGGAACCAUUUAUCUUUCGACAAUUUCUUCAAUGUGCCGUACUACCUUGCAAGCUUGAUCUGCAGACUGCAGUCUCAUCUCCUUGAUUCAGAGUGAGCCGAUUAAAUGGCGAAGGAAACAGCUGGCCUGGCUUGGUCUCAAUCUCUCACAAAUACUCAAAAGGAUUAAGAAUCCCGCAAUAGUUCUGGCAGGCGUUAGCUUUUCGCCAUCAAGCCUGUAAUCUUACCGGUAGAUGGUAUGAACAUGUUUCUUUUCAAAUGAAAUAGAAGAAAAACGUUUCAUUCUGCAUAGUGCUAAAGCAGGUAUGCGACUGUCAGCGGCAACAUGCUAUACCUACUGCUAGUGUUAUCCGUUUUCGUUAUUGGAUUGCUCUUUUGGCUUUGGCGGUGGGAAUGCUCUUCAUUCGUAAGACAAAUCGACCGAAUUCCUGGACCGCCCAAAGUUCCGUUCUUCGGGAACGUGUUUGCGAUUCCCCGAGAUGGCUCAGGUAAAUAAAAUGUUUAUCGAACCUUUUAAGGGCUAGUCAGAUUAAAGGAAAGGCACAGCCCACUAUAACGUUCCCCAGUUGGUUUACGAUACCUUUAAAUCAGUCAAGUCUUUCUCGCACGCCAUGGCGGAAUAAACAGGUACACAAGAUCUUUAAUAGAGUCGAAGGAAGGAAAAGAAAAACUGUUGUCAGAGAAUGCUUAAGGGUGGACUUCAGGCAGCUUUCUUCCAGACAGAAAAACCAGAACCCUCCGUUUCAAAACAACUAAUCUUUUCUAAAUUUAUCCAUGUACUUUCUUUUGUCUUCAGAAUUUCUUCAUACCUUGCAUGUAAAAUGGGUCAGGAAGUACGGCCGCAUCUACCGGACGUGGAAAGGUACAAGUGCUAUUGUUUCGAUUUCUUCCCCACAACAUGUCGAGCGCCUUCUCACUAGCCAGAAAAACAUUGACAAGAGCAGCUAUUAUGCUUUUCUUGAGCCUUGGCUGGGAAAUGGCUUGCUAUUGUCAUCAGGUGAAAAAUGGAAAAAAGAUAGGCGUUUGGUGACGCCGGCCUUUCACUUUCAGAUCCUUGGUGAUUUCUUUGAUGUCUUUAAUCGAAACGCUGUCAUCUUAAUCGAUCAAAUCGUCAAUCGGCUGGUAGACAACAAGGAAAUGGACAUUUUCCCAUUGAUUUCACGCUGCACAUUGGAUAUCAUCUCAGAUACGGCUGUUAAAAUACGUUUCCGCUCCUUCCUUACGGUUAGCGUUUGUCAAUCCGGAGAGAAUGACUCUAAUUUAGCAGAGGAAAAAGUAAGCAUUAUUUUGCGCUUGUAGUAAAAUUGAAGUCGCAAACACUGCUUUGUUUUAGUAAAUGCAUUUGAAAAA